AUGGUAUCAGAGCAGCUAGUUGAAGUAGAUCCAUCUGGAGACCCGGUCCGAUGCCGGUCGUUUACUCAGUUUGGAUUUGGGAAAGACACUGUCACCGGAAGAUAUAAACUCAUAUGGCUAUAUAAUGAAUACCCUGCCGCAGCUACUCGUUCCACGUUCUGCGAGGUUUUGGAUCUAGAGGACAAAAAAUGGAGGUUCGUCGACACUAGUACUAGUCUUCUUGAUCAUCACGUCUUGAAUGAGCAGAGGCCAGCGUUUGCAAACGGAUCCUUCUACUGGCUCACCGGAGAUGAAGGAGGGUUCCCAACAACACAGACUAAACUCAUAGUUUUCGAUAUUCAUACUGAGGUGUUUCGAGUCACCCCAACACCACCUUGUGUUGACGUUGAUGCGUGUGGUGACAAGAUUGGUGUAUGCAAUCUCGAUGGCCGUCUCUGCGUUUCUGAGCUCAAGGGAGAUUGUAAGUUAAGAGUUUUGGUGGAUGGUUAA